GCUAUAAUGAUAUUAGUUAUGUUUGCGGGAAUCCCUAGUUAGCUCAAUGGUGGGCACAGAUGGUUGUGUCACCAUGCACAACUUAGUACCCACUUUCUCUUCCAUCAGGACAGGGAGACAAUACCAACACCUGAUGACUGGAUGCUCCUUUGGGCACCAUGGAUCCGCUCCAUCGGCAUGCUCCCAGCACCUCCACAGACUGGUGGUCAAUAGUGAUCACCGUAGGCAGAGUCUCAGAGGUUGGAGCAUGGGGUCUUAAUUGGUCUUGUAUCGUGUGUGCCGUGUUUGUAAAGCCAGGAUGGUCAACUAAACUUGGAAAACUUAUACUCCACUUUAUCAAAAUGUCACAAAAGUUUCAGGGACAUGGGGAUGGACAUGUGAGCACCAAGGAGUAUAAUCAUAUUACUGUAUCAUACUCAUAUUGGGUUAGAAGACACAAAAGUUUCAGUCUAUCACACCCAGAAGAUGAUUUCUUUUGUUACAGUGUUGGGCUCAAUUGAAACUCAAAUGCGCUCUGUUUAAGGGUGACAAGCAAUUUUAUGGUGAACAGAAAGUAUUAGGUAUCUUCAUUUCUUCUCCUACAAAACUGGUGUUUUUCUUGGGAGAAAAAGGACAUAAGAACACUAUUUUGAAACCAACCGGCCAAAAGUAUAGUGCAAGAAAAGAGAAAACACAAAUAUGUUUUGACAAAUUUAUAUGAGUAUAGGAGUUGCCACUAACAUCAACCAAUGGACAUAACAGGUUUUGAUUGAGUGUAGUCUUGGUCUUGUUAGUGGGAAUAUUUUUUGACGGGCUGUUAGUGGGAAUAUCAUCCCUAUGAUUCUUAAAAUAUGUUUAUAUUCAUUAAUAUGCAACCAUGUAAUCAGACAGUAAGCAAGAGUUCAGUUUGUUACAUUGGGCAAGGCAUUCUUCAUUCACGUUCAUCUCUCGUGGAGGAAACUUGGAACUUAAAUGGAAAUCUGUGAUCUACACAUUCUCUAUGAAACAUACUUGCAAUUUCCCAUUUCUCUCUUGCUGAAGUGCGCUUGCAGUUCUUGCCUACUCCCAGGUAUUCCUUAAGUCUUCAAUUUCUUUUUGGGACUUUUCUCCCUCGUUUCAUGUAUCGUUUGUAUAAUUUUACUAAUUUAUCCUGUUAAUUCUCUCUGGUCCUAGCUAGCCCCAAUAAUUGAUUUCUGGCUAUCUUACAUUCCCUCUGUAUUGAUUUAUAAGACGUUCUAGCAGUUCAAUUUGACGCAUUUAAAUGCUGAUUUUACUUUUUACAAGUGCAUGGUUUUGUUUCUGUAAGCUAGAGGAAAGAUGAUCUGUUCUAGCUUAUUUUUUAUUUCUGAUGUAAAUCUUGAGGUUUAUACUAUGGUGAUGGAGUUUUUAAUAACAUGAAGGUUGUGUGCAAAGUAUUUUGGAUUUUGAAAUUUCACCCAAAUUUAUGUAGAUUACAGCAGAACAUAAAUUUGUCCAGCAUAAAUACACACGUUAAUUGCUCAGUUCGAAAAAAUGAAAACAACAUACUGGAUAUUAGGAUCAGCAUGUUUGCAUAAGCUAUUUUAUGCCGGGUUUAAAUUGUAGUGAAAUCGAAAUGUUAGCUUUGUUUUUUUUACUCAAGGCUAAAAUUUCGAGGUCUACCAGGGUCCGAGAUUACCAAAAUUUCGAAUUUCGUCUUUCCUUGGCUGUGAUGAAUGGGGCAAGAAAAAUCGCCGGACCACAUCUGACAGUGGACCGUAGAUGCCUAGAUUCGAAUGAAGUGCUGAAUCAGGAUGAUAACUGAAGGAAAGUGCAAAAAAUUGUAGUACUAUUGCUUGACAAAUGCUGACGGGCUACAGUACAUAUUACAGUAACAGUAACUGCAGAGAGCAAAAGUGGGGAUCGUGGAAACUCUAGUCUAUAGCAGUUGGAGACGCUAGUCUACCACAGGAGAAAGCAGGGGCGUUUCAGUUCAGACCCAGAUGUUGUUAGUUUUUCCUGGGUGGCCUCCACGUGCAUAAGCGGUGAGCUGAGCCGACAUAUCGAUCGAUAAAGGAGCCGCCGCACCCAAAGCGGUGCAAUACAAGCUAGCUGCUCGCCAGCUGCGCUGACGACCUGCCGCCACGAGCCCGGCCGGCGCCCCGCGAAGGUGCGCCUGCCAGGACAACGCAGAAAGAAACCCCUCGCCGCUUUACCAACAAGAGCCUUAAAACGACGGUGGUGUGCAGUUGUGCACCACCGAAGGACUAGAGUUCAAUCGAUCGACCUCUUUCUUCUUGUCAGCAACAUGGCCUCUCUACAGCAACACGAGGUUGGAGACCAGGAGGACGACCGCCAUCGUGCCGCCGAGCAUGAGCAGGAGGCGGUGCGCGCGACGGGGAGAGGCAAGAGCAAGAAGGCGACGUCGGCGGCGGGCCUGAAGGUGACGUACGGCUACCACCUGGUGGAGGGCAAGAUGCCGCACGGCAUGGAGGACCGCCACGUCGCCGAGUUCCGGCGCCUGGAGGACGGCAACGAGGUGGGCCUCUUCGGCGUCUUCGACGGCCACUCGGGCGCCGACGUCGCCGCCUACCUCCGUGACCACCUCUUCGACAACAUCCUCGCCGAGCCGGACUUCUGGGACGACACCAUGGCCGCCAUUCGCCGCGCGUACCACCGCACCGACCGGAAGGUGCUCAAGAAGAAGAAGAAGAAGAAGAAGGACGGCGCCGACGACGACAGGCCGGGCCGCGGCGGGUCGACGGCGGUGACCGUGAUCCUGCUCAACGGCGAGACGAUGGUGGUGGCGAACGUGGGGGACUCCCGCGCCGUGGUGUGCGAGGCCGGCAGGGCCAGGCAGCUCUCCGUGGACCACGAGCCGCUCCGGGAGCGCCGCGCCAUCGAGAGCAGGGGAGGCUGCGUCACCGAGAUCCACGGGGACGUGCCGCGGGUGGACGCGCAGCUGGCGAUGGCGCGGGCGUUCGGGGACCGGAAGCUCAAGGAGCACAUCAGCUCCGACCCGGACGUGGCCAUCGAGGACGUGGGCGACGACGCCGAGCUCGUCGUGAUCGCCAGCGACGGGCUCUGGAAGGUGAUGUCCAACCAGGAGGCGGUGGACGCGGCCAGGGCCACCCGGGACGCCCGGAAGGCGGCGGUCAGGCUCGUCCACGAGGCGGUACGCAGGGGCAGCAAGGACGACAUCGCCUGCGUCGUCGUGCGCAUCCGCUAGCGAUCUCAUCGAUGCUCCGCGUCGGCGACGAUUAGAGCUAGUGCAAAAUGGAUGUCACGUUACUUCACUCCCGUGCCGUUUCGCUUCAGGAUACCACGCAUGUCGGAACGUUGGGGACUCGACUGUUGUAAAUUUUGGUUACCCAAGUUCGACUUCCUCUAAGCUCAAAAAAAAAAAAGGAAGUUCGACUUCCUCUGCUCCAAACAAAUACGGAGUUUUUUUUUGCGAGGCAAUACGGAGUAAGUUUUAUGGAGGCUUACUUCAAAAAAAAAGUUUUAUGGAGGGAGAAAUCCAAAUGCACAUUGUGUGAAGAAGUUUUGCAGCAAUUCCAGUGGAUUUUUGCUGCUGUGAAGGAUGAUAGUAGAAAUUUCAGAGAAAAAACAAAGGAUCCUUAAAAAAACUGGACUUAACUUCAACGAAAAUUUCG